UGUUCAGAAAGGAGAGAGCAGAUUUGAUUUGGCUCCGUUUUCCUUGAACCAAAGUGAGAAAGGAAAAUUCAAUAUUUGUUUUUCUGAUUUUAAAAAGUGGAAGGGAGAGGAAAAAAAGGCGCUCCUUUACCCGAUCUGAGACAGAAAGAAAGAGCAGGGGAGCAAAGCAGAACCGGACCGGAAUACUCAGCUCUUUGUCAUUGGCUUUGGUUGGCUACGUGUGGGAUAAUAUGCUUUGGUGGAAUAGUGUGGUUUAGCUUUUGAGAGAUAUUUUGGUUUAUAGUUGGCUGUUUUCGAUGAAUAACAAUAACCUACCAAAGACAUUUGGGGCUCCAUCCCAGUUUGCAAACUCUGGAAAUGUGGCACAAUCGCAAUCGAUGCCCAUGAACAAUCAACCCCAACUUCUUUCUCAGGCACAACCUCAAACACAAGGUGGGCCUCAGUUUCCAGGCCACUUUCAGUUGUCUGAGCCUCAAGCUCAGGUGCUUGCGCAGGCACAGUAUGUGCAGGCUCAUGCUCAAGCUCAAGCUCAAGCUGCCCAUUCCCAAUUCCAAGCUCAGGUGCAAUCACAAAAUGUCAGUAAUAGUAAUGCGACUGCAACCCCUUCCCCUGUGGUUUCCACCCCUGGCUCUGGAAGUGCCAAGCGGUCUUCUCAGAAGCCACCUUCCAAACAUUCUAGUUCAUCUAAUAGUAAUAUGGCUUCUCUGUUUAAAACAAUGGAGUUAACCCCUGCUGCUCAUAGAAAAAAGCGGAAGGUUCCUGAGAGACAAAUACCUGAUAAGGUCGCAGCAAUGUUACCGGAGUGUGCUUUAUACACACAGUUGCUUGAAUUUGAGGCUAAGGUGGAUGCUGCUUUGUCAAGAAAGAAGAGCGACAUUCAACAGUCGCUUAAAAAUCCUCCUUGUGUUCAGAAGACGCUUAGAUUAUAUGUCUUCAAUACUUAUUCCAAUCAGGGACAAACAGAUCCUGACAAGACGAGUACAGAGGCUCCAUCAUGGUCACUUAAGAUCAUUGGUAGAAUAUUGGAAGAUGGGAAAGACCCUGUUGUUGCUGGAAAGGUGCAGAAAUCAUACCCCAAAUUCUCAUCUUUCUUCAAGAAAAUUACAAUAUACUUGGACGCAAGUCUCUAUCCAGAUAACCAUGUGAUUUUGUGGGAGAGUGCUAGAUCGCCGGCCCUUCAUGAGGGCUUUGAGGUGAAGAGGAAAGGUGACAAGGAAUCUACUGCAAGAAUACGACUAGAAAUGAAUUAUAUGCCUGAACGAUUUAAACUUUCACCUGCUCUAGCAGAAGUCCUGGGAAUUGAAGUAGACACUCGCCCAAGAGUCAUGGCUGCAAUUUGGCAUUAUGUAAAGUGUAAGAAGUUACAGAAUUAUGAAGACAACUCCUUCUUUGCAUGUGAUCCCCCUCUUCAGAAGGUAUUUGGGGAAGAAAAAAUGAAAUUCAUAAUGGUUCCACACAAGAUAACACAGCAUUUAACGCCUCUACAGCCUAUACAUUUGGAGCACAGGAUCAAGCUUUCAGGGAACUGCCCUGUUGGAUCUACUUGUUAUGAUGUCCUAGUUGAUGUGCCUUUUCCAUUAGAAAAGGAAAAGUCUGCAUUCUUAGCAAACAUGGAGAAGAACAAAGAUAUUGAUGCUUGCAAUGAAGUAAUUUGUGCUGCUAUAAAGAAAAUACACGAGCAUUACCGGAGACGAGCUUUCUUCCUUGGUUUCAGCCAGUCUCCAGGAGAGUUUAUUAAUGCUUUAAUUGCUUCGCAAAGUAAGGAUCUGAAGCUCUUUGCUGGGGAUGCUAGUGAUAAUGCUGAAAAGGAGCGGCGAUCUGAAUUCUAUAACCAACCAUGGAUUGAAGAUGCUGUAAUCCGCUACCUCAAUCGCAAGUCUAUGGGAGGAAAAGAAAACAUUCUGAGUGGCACUUUGGAUGGAAAACUUCCUCAAAAGUAACUCGAUUCAACAUGGUGUUUAUUGGCCCAUCAAGAAACACCUUUGAUUGGCUAAAUGCAAAGUGCUUAUUUCCGAAUUGUCCCAAAUCUCGAAGCGCUUUGUUUUUAUGCUGUUUGAUUCACUAAACCCUCUAGAAUACUUAUUUUGUUAUUAUGCUCUUAAGGGUUUGAGAUAAUUAAAGCACUGAGCGCGUGUAAUGUAAGUUGAUUUGCUUUCCAUGUUCCUAGGUGUAUAUUAAGAGGAAGGGAAUUUUGUAUCUUUCCACUGAUUAAUUAAUAGUUCAUAUUAACUGGGAAAAAGAACUAAUUCCCCUCUCA